AUGUCGAGUCGGAAGAGAAUAUCGCAAGCUUGUAGACCAUGUGGAGUCAAGAAAAUCAAGUGUGAUGGCGGGGCACCUGUAUGUGGGCCAUGCCAGAGGAGGAACGACGAAUGUUCAUAUGGUAUAUCGAAGCGUGGGCAUUUCCCACGUAAAUUGAUUGAUGAGAGCCCUUCAAACAUCCCUCGUGAAAAUCUAUCUACCGGUACCCCGCCACCUUUUCAAUUGUCAUCAGAAGGCAAUCGUCCUCCUGGUACGUAUUUUCAAAAUGAUACGCAAUCCAUCCAGCAAGGCUCUAUUAGACAAACCACAUCUCUAGCUACGAGCUUAUCGUCGCAAAGAAAAGAUGGCUUCAAGAAAUCCUCAAAUGCUUUUAGUGUCGAGGUUUCAAAACGUUUGUUUCAAACCUACUUCGAUUGUAUUCAUCCACUAUGGCCAAUUCUGUACAAACCAAUGUACACUUCAUUCGAUUAUACGUAUCCUUCACCGAGCAUACCAAAUGUCUUAGCAUCUGCAAUGUUCGCUAUUGCGGCUUGUGUAGACAGACAUCAACCCUUUCGGCAGGCAUUUGAUGAUGCGCAUGUUACGAGUGCCGCAGAGCCUCACUUCUAUUUCGAAGAAGCCUUGAGUUUACUGCAGAGGAGUAAUGGUAGUAAUGACAAGACACUAAAAAACGCAUUUACUCCUUCCAUCGUGAAUUGCCAAACAUUGACGAUACUUGCGCUACAGCAACACGGAGUGGCCGAAUAUUCCAGAGCGGCACUAUUCUGUGGACUUGCAUCAUCAAUGGCUAUCGAGUUACGCCUGCAUAGGCCUCACGAAUCCGAUGACCCACAGAGUGAGAUUCGCUAUCGUCUUUGGUGGAAUCUCUUCAUCCUUGAAAAGAUGAUCUCUUGUGAAAUGGGUAGACCGGUGAUGCUCAGGGUCGAGGAGACUGAUACUCCACAUCCGUCUACUUCUGAGGCAGACGAGUUUGAACUGCUCCCUACUACAAUGAAACGACAGAGUACCCCUAACGUUCAUACUGCGGGCAAGAUGCGUACACUGUCAGUUCUGGUGACCACCAUUAAACUCGUCGUCAUCAUGGAGAGACUUUCACGAGAAAUAUAUGGAUUGUUUAGUCGAAGAGCAAUCCGUGAUAACCGAGUUUUCGGCGAAACGAAGCGCAUGGAAAUAUGGUCUGCUUUCCAGAAAUGGGAAGAGAGUAUUGAAGCUUCUCCCUUACGCUUAGAUUUAAGCAAUAACCUGACAUCAGUCCCUGGCGUCGUUACGAACUACGUUGUCAUGCAUUCCGGGACAAUUCUUCUACAUCGCCCUUUCAUUGCUCGAUGGAUAUCAAACCCUGCAAAUACCAAUAAUUCGGCGGACCCAUUAAAAGUUUGCCUCAAUAGUGCGAAUGCAAUAUGCAAUAUCUUGGAGAAGUACUUUGAUGACUUCCAUGGCCUACCUUGUGACAUGGUAUUCAGUAUUUUCACAGCUGCAAGUACGCUAUUACAUCAAACAAAGCAACCAGACGGAGGUGAUAACGCGGAAUUACAACGUCGUCUUAAAAUGUGUAUACACUGGCUUUCUGUUCUCGGAAGGAGUUGGAAGAGUGCUGGAGCUCGUCAACAGCUUUUGGUAGAUUUAUCUGCAAUGCCACAAGAUGUUAACAUGACCACUCUAGCCAAUGCGGCCGCAGCUGUCGAUGCUCAAGAAUCAACGGCCUCGCAGCUUCUAUCUGAGCAAGCAUCAACGCAUGCACAAAAUGCAACAGUAGAAGCCACGUCUGGUAUAGCAAAACCUAUGGCAGUAGCAGAUGACUGGGAGUUUUUGCGAGAAUUUGGAGAUUCUUCCGAUGAAUUUUAUGUUCUAGAUGAAGAACUUCGAGUUCUACUCGAAAGCGAUGAACAAUGGAAACUCUAG